GGAAGUCUUUCCUGUUGAAAAAUCGACCAGAAAAGGUCUAAAAAAAGGCCUAAAAUGGCCACAAAUUUCGCAAGACGGUAAAACUACGACAAAUCUGUCUCAGCAUCCAUUUUGAAAACAAGAAAUCUCUCUCUUGCCAGGGUAGAGAAGGGAGUAUUUGCCUCGUUCCAAUCUUCCAAAAUCAAGGUACUGGGGAAGAAGUCCUUUCGUGAAGGUAUAAUUAUUUGUUGUUAGGUAAAUAACGCCAAAACAGAGAGUCGCAACAAGUAAGCUAAUUUUUACAACUAGAAAAAGGAAAGUUAUUGAGGAAUCAGUUCCAUUUGAUCUCUUUCCUCCAAAACAUACUUAUCUCGAGAUUACGUGACUCAGAACGGGACCAUGUCAUGUAUUGUUUUCGUUGGCAAAUUGAAAAAACAAAAUCUCACCAAAGGAAACCCCAAGCAUUGUAAACCACGACUAGCAACCGGUUUUUGUUUUGCUUGUUUUUUUUUUUCACUUCUGUUUGCGGACAACCUCGCGAGGUAUACCCAUAUUUUGGAAAACUUUUUCCCGGAAGUUUUCUUUCCAUUCAACUUUGCUCCCAGAAUGUCUAGAAUUUUCGGUUGAAUGGUUCGUAUUUCGAAAAUUUAACAGUUUCGGAAUUUCUAGAAACUUUUCCGGGAAAUUUCUGUUCCAUUUAAAACUAUUUCCAAAUGUCUGAAAGUUUUGAUUGAAAGAUUACCGCUUCGUUGGCAAUCCACUUGGAAUUCUGGAUUCCACGCUGUGGAUUCCGAAUUCCAGGUACUGGAUUCCGGAUUCCUUGGCGGUAGAACUUGGAUUCCGAAUUCCAAUCGUUAGCGGGAUUCCGGAUUCCUUGAGCUAACUUACGGAUUCCAAAGCCCAGGAUUCCGGGUUCUACAAGCAAUAGCCUGUUCCAGGCGUUCAGAUAGUAGAGCGAGGCGUUCAGAUGGUGGGUAGCGAAUUAAAUCGAACGCAGGGAAAACGAGGGGAAUUUUUCGCCCUCGCUUUACCAUCUGAACGCCUGCAGGCCAGACAAGCAAGAAUUUCCCGGAUUUCGGGAUCCGGAUUUCCUUUUCAUCAAACUUUGUCUGACCAUUCCGGUGGCCUAGUAAGGCAGUUUUAUUAAAAAUAUAUUAAGGGAGUGAUUGUUGAAGCAUUACUUGAAUAGAACUAAAUUGAAAAGGUAGAUUGGCGACCGUAGGGAGAUGGAAAACUAUGGAGAGCUUAAUGUUUCGAGCGCUAGCCUUUCGUCAGAGAGAAUCACUCGAAACGCCCCAGAAGCCAGCUUCUCUAUCUCCCUACAAUUGUCAAUGAAACCAAACCUUUUAUUUCACUUCCUCAGCUACACAACACCACAUGCAUACCUCAAGGAACUAACACCUCAAGAAACUAACCUCUUCGUGCUUUAAAUGGGCUGAUUUAUUACGUAGAGGAAGGCAAAAAGGGUGACGUUCGUGGGAAGGAACGCUUGAGGUAACCAGGAGAGCUUACGGCCCCAACCCCAUUUUCGUUUGAUAUUGUUUGAUUUUUUUGUCAUAAUUCCCUAAAAGUGUACCUUCAGAAUAAAUUUGUGGGCACAAAAUGCUCAUAAAGUUUUUUUUAAUCAAGAAAUAAGCUGGCACCAUCUAUGAACCUUGAGUCCCUUUUUUUUCUGAAUUUUCUGGUCCCAUGCCCUGGUUAUGCGAAAAUGUCAAUAAAAUAUACAAAAAUCACGAAGAUUUGGUUAAUUUUUCAUUUAUGACUUAUUUGCUUCUUUAUUCUCUUAUCAGUCAGUCAUGUCGAGCUUCUCAGGAAGAAAUCAAAAACGAAGAGCUAGAGGUGAUCAGAACUGGUAUGACAAGUCAAUGGCUACACUAACGGCAGACCAAGAAGAAGAGAUUGUAGAAAUUCCCAAAGAAAAGGUCGGACUUGUCAUUGGGCGUAAGGGAAGAACAAAGGAAGAGAUCAGAAGACAAACUGAUGUCCAAAUAUUUAUAAAAGAAGAUGGUGCUCACUUGAGAGGAACAGCCGAACAAAUUCACGAAGCUAAAACCAUGAUUGGAGAAAUCUUGAAUCCAGUAAGCACCCACAAGUCGAAGUUGACCAAUUAUGCCGGAUUGAAAACAAUCAAUCACGUUUGUACUGGAAACUAAUUUCCAAUGCCUUCAUUGAGUCAAGACGUCACUACAAGUCAUUCAAACAGAUAUAUUUUUCGCUCUUUAUUCUAAGCUGAACCCAAGGACAAAAAUAUUUUAGGAAAUUCAUAUAACCAUUUAAUCUCGGACUUAUUCUGCUCUUUUAGCAGGGUUGCCUCAGGCUGUUUUUUUUUUCUUUUGUUGUUGUUGAUGUUAUUUUGUUUGUUUUUUUUUUUGUUUCAAAAUAUCUUUAGUUGUCUUUACCGGCCUGCAAAGCAGGCGUUUUUUGCAGUGCAAACGAUAAUGCUAUAAAUUAAUUUUCUCCCACCAUCUUUUGAUUUAACAGAUGAGUCACCGAGAAGGCAGACCAAGACGAGGAGGAUUUGAAAUGCUACAAAACCUAAUGGUACCCCAACAUUUGAUUGGUCAAGUUCUGGGAAAAGGAGGCGAGAAAUUGAGAGCCAUCGAAACGAAAAUCGGGGUUUCAAUAAAAAUAAUCGAUAACAAUUUCCAUAUCAAAGGAGCUGAUAAAAAGGAAGAGAAAUUAGCCCGACGCGAAAUACAAGAAUCAGUGGUAUGUAUACGUUUUCCCCUAGUGAAGUUUUAACAUCUUGUUUUACACUAAACCUCGUGCAAACGGACGCAAUAUUGUUGGGAGUUGUUGCUUUCGUUAGCACAUAGCUAAAAAUUUGAACCGUUUAAACUUUGCGCAAUAUCUCCCAACAGCAUGAAACAGGGUGUGGAAACGGACGCAACAUGUAACAUCAAUCAAUGUUGGGGGUUGGUGGCCAACAAUACUGCUUCCAUUUGCACGGGGCUAAAAGUUUCACCGGGUCAAACUUUGCGCAACAACUCCCAACAACACGCAACAGCAUGCAACAGGGUGUUCAAACGGACGCAACACCCAACGAUGUUGCGUCCGUUUCCACGGGUCUUUUAAAAGGCGAUGCCUUAAUGAACAGUCCACUCAAUGUACCCGUACAUAAAGAAACCUUAACGAAUGAAGUGCAGAAACCACCUUCGCAUGACUUCGAUUCUCACCUUUUGACUUAGGUUCAGACAUCAUAUCAGCACUAAUAUAUAUAUAUAUAUAUAUAUAUAUAUAUGAUAUCACGCAGGGAAAAGAUGCCCGCCAGCGUUAAUAAGCUGUGACAAUGUAAAAUAAUUAUUGUUUUGCACUCUUUUAGAACCGCGCUAUGAAGUAUUCACAGAGGGCCGCUCCUUUGAAGUUUGUCCAUGUAGACACCGCCCAGUUAGAAGAGAAUCACGAACUUCAUUUGUCCGUCGCAACACAUCCCAUAACAAAUGCAAGCUUGGGAGAAUAUUACUACAAGCCUAUACUAAGGGGGCCUCCUUUGAAGGAGGUACGUACGUUAUUUUCACUUGCAUAUAUUUGAUUAGGCCAAGGUCAAACACUGUACUUCACGUGAAACGAACCUAAUGCUGAUGAGCGAGAAUAGAUUCCGUAAAUCCUCUAUCUAUUUACCAAUCAAGGAGGAAAUUGAAAGUCAGUUGGAGCCGGAGGAUCGAAUUCUUAUACGCAGGUGUUACCGUGAACAGCACUUUAAUUGCAAACGGCUAUGUUUCGUCCUCUCUCUGAGAUCGAACUAACGACAAAAACUAAACAAAUAUUUAUAUGGCAAAUGCAAAAACAGGUGGUAAAUAAUUAGCAAACGCAAGCUCAAAUUUAAAUUCUAAGUGUAGACUAAGUAAUAGUGAUAAAAUAUUUUCUCGGACCCGCGGCAGGCUUCAGUUUGGGCUGAAAAUUUAAGUUGGGGACCCAGGUCCCACGAGGGCCUUGAGUGUCUAGCAAUGUCACAGCACUAUUAAUAUAAAAUUUCAGUCCUUACAUUUGUACAUAUUGUUUGCUUUUAUACAUAUCAACUUACAGGAAACACUCGAUGGUUUUCUACACACAGACAGAUUAAAGGAAAAAAUUGUUAAAGUUUUAAAGCAAAUUCAUCAAGAGAAGGCCCAAGAGGAAGUCCGUGUCGACAUGUGGUGUCAUUUUGGCCGUGCUUACAUCACUAAGGUUGAUGAAGGUAGGGAUCUUAAUAGAGUUUCUCAAACAUAUUAUUACGCCACAAGGCGUACCAUGUAUGAAUGUAUGUGAAGUCAGGACCUUAGAUUGUUCAAUAACAUAAUAGAAAAAGACAAUUUAACUGCAGCCUAAAAGCCAUGCCUUUGAAACCGCAAAUAAAGUUUAUGUCUCUCUGUCUAAACGGGAAAGGUGAACAAUUACUACUUCUGGUUUAAGGCUGCAAGGAUAGGUAGGCUUAAAAGUUUGCACCUAAUAAAGGAAGGGCAUUCGCAACCUCUAGCGUGAAGAAAAAAAAUGAAAAAUGGGCUAAAUCGGUUUAAACUUGUUAGUAUUAAUAAAAAAUAACAACCUAUUUACUCUUGACAUUACACACUUAUGAUGAUAAUGAAAAGGACCAGUCUUAGCAAACGUAUAGGCGGAUGACAAGCGAGGAAAAACACAUCUCAGUAAGACACGACUGAUUCUGGUUUACUUUUGAUUGGAAAAAAAUGGUGCGAGUUUUUCAGCCAAUCACAAACCGUACCAACUCAUAACCAAAUAAAUUUAAAAAAGCAACUGUCGACUCAUGGUUUGAAAACAGCUUCAAGAUGCUUUGAGUGGAACACCAGCAGAGUUAUUUGUUCCAAAUAAACACAUACCCGAGUAUAGUCUCCCUCGCAGCCGUUUUUAGUAUCGUCACGCAACGCUCCUCCGUUGCGUGACGAUACUAAAAACGGCUGCGAGGGAGACUAACCCGAGUAUAGCUGCUCUUGAUAAUCUUAUUGGCUAUCUCAUUGCCUUUCGCUUUUUUCGGCUUUUAGUUCUCUAAAAAAGAAAAGCGGAGGUCUUUGGUAAGUUUUACUUUUAACCAAGCAAAAUAGACAAUACUUUUAAAAUCACAAUUUGCUUUUUUUGCAGACGAAUUAGAGGACACGUUUACGCUGGAAGAAUUCAAAGAAAAACUAGAGGACGGGAAAAACAAAAGCUGGAAGUCAUUUUUCGUAGAGGGUGUAGAAGACAUGGAAGUUUUGGAUAUUGAGCAGAGUCUCCCAUCCAAAGCGGCAAAAGAGGACAUUAGACAUGACCUCACUUUCUACACCCCAACCUGCAGGGAUGUUCGUGUGAAGGUACUGGUUGCCCCUGAGUGGUGGGAUUGCAAUUAGGAAAGGCCGCGUAUGGUAGUGUAACAUCUACAACCAGCCAGACUUCUAUUCAACGGAGGUUUCGUGCGCAUAAAUAACGUUCCAGGACUCUAACUAAGAGGGUUCUUUUAGGAUAAAACAGGCUUUCAAAACACCCAGGUCUAGCCCUUCUAAGAAGCUUUCUACAUUCUCCCAUGUAGUUUUUCUUACACGAUGGCUGAUUCUGACUUAAAACUUUAAUAAACUGUGUUAAAGCCUUCUUCCUGGAGUAUUGCGGUUCGCCCUUCUUCUCUUACAUCUCUUGAUUUGCUUCCCAUUAAUAAAAUGUUCCUUUGUUGUUUGUAUGAAUAGGUGUGGCUCAUAGAACCGGAAGGAGAAGAGGCUGGGGAAGCAGCAUCAUCCAUGGCAUUUUCACGCAGGACACCCAUUACUGUAAAGAACAUUCUAACACGUGUGAUGUCUGAUGAACAAGGAGACACUUCGGAAACGCCCUGUUUUCACAUCUGCUCUCAGUUUCAAAGCCGAUUGAGAGCGGAUAUUUUGAUACCUUCUCAGGACCUCGAUUGCCGUUUGUCCAUUAGAACAUGUAAGACUUUCGAAAUAGAUACCAGUGAAAAUUGUUGACCCGUGUUUCUGUCAUUCUUUAUUUGACUCCCUUUUAUAAUUUCGCUUUAUUUGAAAAUCCCUGCACUUAAAAGUCUGCGAUUGUUUGUGGUUCCUCUCAAACCGCUUGAUCUUGAAUGAAGGCUAAUCUUAAAAACUCUUAACUCCUUAUUUGACUUAUUUGAUUGGUUUACUAAUUAUUAAGAGAGGAUGACCUGUCACAAAAAGAAAGCUGUUUGAAUUAGUAAGGGGUUAUGACAAGGUUACGCAUAAGGCUCUUGCUGGUAACUAGUGCAAGUAUAAUCUUCUUUGGAGGUCAGAGUUUAAUCGGGUAAUAUUUAAAAGCACCCUGUAACGUUCUUUUCGGGGCCCAUUACUCCUACGGUAAUGUUUAGGAAGGAAAGGGAUUGGGCGUCUUUUGUUUGAUUACAGUAAUUUUUAAAUAUAUGGAAUGAAUCAUAUUUUGAACUGCGGGUAAAGAUAUGAAAGUGAACAUGAUCUUCGUAGUAGAAUGAACAAUCUAAGGAGUUGAAAAAGAACCUGAAAAAUUCAGGUUUGAUUGACCGAGCGUUGCGUCCGGUUAUCGCAAAGGCCAGGAUUCGGUUCCCGGUCAAUCCUGAAUUUUUUCAGGUUCUUUUUCAAUCGCUUUGGUUGCUCUUUCUACUGCGAAGAUCAUGUCCACUUUCAUACACUGAGUAAUCUUGUUUGACUUUAUGCGUCGGGCUCAGAUAAUUUCAAAUAGCAGAAGACAUAUUAAUCGAUUACGGCUACCAAAGAAGACAAAGGAAUUGUGCUUAGAAGAGAGAAAGGUAGCUUUUAUUUAUUUCUGGACUUUGAAGCGGACAGGUAAGGAUUGCUCAUUUAGAUCACGAUCUAUUGAAACCCAUCGUUGAAUGGCACUAAGGACUGUUAACCAGGUUAACAAGUGAUAGACUGAGCAGGGCUCAUUUUAGGUGCUUCAUCUGGCCAUGCAUGUCUGAGCAACCUGUCUUUCAUAUAAGCGUAUACUUUAACGAUGCUGUUCCCGUGUGGUCGAUUGUAAUGAUACAAAGGGUCUUACUGCGGCCUUCCUUUUUUAAGAACAAUUCUUUGCUUUUUUUUUUUCAAGGCACCACUUAUGUCCCAAAAACUCCACAAGACGAAGAAGAAGACAAAAUUUUAGAAGCUUACCUAACGGGAAUGAGGAUUGAGGGUGGCCAGUUAACGCUGCCGCCGGCUUCAGAGCUGCAGGAUGGGUUUGACUUGUUUUACAAGCGGCGUAGUCUGCGAAAGACUUAUCAGUAUGAAAUGUCGGAUGGAGAACAGUUCAACUUGACUGUUUGCAAAGAUCAAGCAACAAACGUUUGCCCUUAUGAGCCUGACGCAAGCAGCAUUGACGACAUUUCCCCAAAGGUUUUUCAUCUGUAUUUUUAUAAUUGUCUUGCGCAAAAAUUACUAUAAGCCCUUAUGAGUUUCUUUUAUUACGCAAUGUGAGGGGCCCCAAUUUGUUCACUAGCACUAUUCAACUCUUUUAAAAUGAGGCAGUCCCAUCCCCGAACGGUGUUCAAGUCUGGUUUAAUCAAGUAGUUUCCUUGAGUCAAACAGGCUUAGCAGUGAGCUUGCAAAUAACCAAAGCCAGGCUGGAAGUUAGAUAAAAUAAGCUAACCAGGCUUGAAAUCGACUGUAUGAGGCUGUGCAGCAUUAGUUAGUGGAUGUCGGAUGAAUUCCCUUGGACUCUCCUUGACUCAUUGGAUUCGCUCUCUUUAAAGAGAAUGAAGGGGACGUUUCAAAAGAAACUCUGGUCAUGGACAGUUGGCCGGUGCUUCUCUCUCUCAAAAGAUCUCGGUAAGGACUGGAACCGACUGGCCCUCAAUCUAAAGUCGGACGAUCAAUUAUAACGGAAAUUCAGAUUUAUAUGUGCCGUGGAGCAAAUUGAUCAUGGACCACAUCAAUUUUUGUUUCAUUUUGCACUGAUUUAUCGGUUAUUUUAAUUGAUGGCCUUUGAAAUUAAUUGAUGGCGCGCGUUCAGUUAGCUAUACAAGAAUAACAACAAUGAACCUGCCUCUGUAAAUUAGGUCACUGAAGCCUAAAAAAGAAGUUGAUCUUAGUGAAUUUUCGUCUAUAGAUCGUUUCUUAAUCUUACCCCUUGUUCUUUUCCUGUUGUGUUUUUUCUUUUGUUAAAAUCUAAUCGUGGUUGCCUUAUAAUGCUUUUAUUAAUUUCCCUAAAUUUCAUUUACAGUAAAGUUCACGACGUUUCCCUGUAUCUAAUAGACCUAUUCGGCUAACUCAAUGUUGUACCCAAUUCAAAUCUCCCGGGGAUAAGAUUCUUUGUAUAUUGUAUUUGCAUCAUGGAAAUUCCUGAAACAAAACGUUUUAUUCCCGAAGGAUUUGAAUUGGGUACAACAUUGAGUUAGCCUAAUAGGUCUAUUCAAAUAGACACUUAAUGUGCUAUUAUAUUCUUAUUCUACCAAAAUUUUUUUCAACAUUUAAUUUUAGGCUGACAUUCACCUGCAUUGUGACGAAUGGGAUCGUCUCCUUGAUGAGGGAAACUGGGAACCAGAACAGAUUGCCGACAAGCUACCCGCCUUUCUGGAGUUUUUGAGACAAGUCCAGAGCAGUGUAGUUGUCCGUCACCGCUGAUAUACAUUUGAGAAAAAAGAUUGUGAAUCAGCUGAACAAUUUCAGUGAUAAAUUUAGCACAUAUCCAAUAAUGGUAUGGUAGUUGAUAACCCAGGAUUUUACUCAUAACACAUAUGAUACGCAUUGUGGUCUACCAAGACGCCGUAAUACAUGCACAGUACUCGUUUUUGGAACCAUAGUAAUAAAUUGUACGUUUGUCUUUGUUAUUUUCAGUCUCAAACAGUUCCCGGUUAAUGUUUUUCCCCUACAAAGAAAGUUUGAUAGGCAAAUUUUUCAUUCUUAAAAGAUUAACUGAAUCAUGUGUUGCUAUUUAGACUUUUUAAUAAGGCAACAAACAUGUUACUAAGUUACUAAAACAAACUCGGCUGCUUUGUACUACAUGGCGCACCAAAACCUUCCAGUUUAACACUGAUACUGAAUAAUCUACUAAACAAUUAAGGUUAAACGCCCGAUGGAGUAAACCUUUUGAUUUAAU